GAAGUGAAUGCAAAGUACCAGCUGGUGUUCUGACAGUCAACCUGGAGCUGUACCCUCCUCCAGCCGUGACUCUAAGUGCAGAUGUCAUCAGCACACAGCGGUCACUGGAGCGGACGAGGACGGCAGAGAAGGACAGGCUCUUCUUGGUCUAUGCUAAACAGUGGUGGCGAGAAUUCCUGGAGAUUCGAGCAUCUCAUCAGUCCAAGCUGGUCAAAAUUUUUGCACAGGACGAGAAUGGCGUGAACCGGCCCGUCUGCUCUUACGUGCACGUCCUUCGGGCUGGCCGCCUCCUGGAGAGCUCGCGACACGCAGCCCGCUUCGUCAGCCUGCUGCCCCACGAGAGGACCCCGGUGCUGGGGGGAGGAACGGGGAAGCAGGAGCAGUGGUGCUCCUUACUGGCUUUUCUGGGUCGAGGAAAGGGAGACUGUGAGGACCACGCCACUCUACUGUGCAGCCUGCUGCUGGGGUUCGGCCUGGACGCCUACGUUUGUGUUGGGACCAAGGCGAAGGGGGUUCCACACGCCUGGGUCAUGACCCGGGGGACUGAUGGGACUGUUACCUUCUGGGAAAGCCUGACGGCACACAGGUAUUUGCAUCGGCCUGUGGACCCAGAUGCCCCUCCCCUUUCCCCUCAGCCCAAACCGUCGUCGCCCUACCGCACUGUGGGCUGUGUCUUCAACCACCAGACCUUCAUGGCCAACUGCCAGCCCUCUGAUGCCGUGGAGCUCUGCGUUUUUGACUUCCAGAAUCCGUCCCGCUGGAAAGCGAUGAGUGAGGAGGCUCUGAGGUCCGUUUGUGCCCCCGGCUCCUGCUCCUCCCUGCCCCCUCUGCCUCCUCUGUGUGCCCCCUCUCUGGAUCCUGCAGCAGCCAGCAACCAGCUGGAGAUGGAGAUGCGCUACCUGGUGUACGAGCACAGGAAGGACCUGGAUCUGGGAACAGUGUGGGACGACCAUCUCUGCUACCUGCUGUCCUCGGCUCUGUCUGCGUAUGAGAUGGAGCGGUGCACCGGAGUUUCCUGCGGCAACGAGGAGUUCCAGGACGCCGUGAGGAGGGCUGUGCCAGACGGACACACCUUCAAAGGCUUCCCUAUCCACUUCCUGCAUCGCAACGCUCGCAGAGCCUUCGCCACCUGCCUCAGGUCUCCGUUCUGUGAGGAAAUACUCUGCUGCCGGGGUGACAGUGUGAGGCUGGCCGUCCGUGUGUGGAUCUUUGUAUACCCUGAGAAUGCGUGCGCCGUGUGGCUCAUGUUUGCAUGCAAAUACCGCUCUGUACUCUAAUCCUGCACAGCAUCCAGGAACCUGCAGACACUUGAUCACA